CCCGUUUUCUAUGCCUCGUCGACCAACACUCCAACAUGGCUGCUUUGUAGAGGCUCCUUGGCCAGCGCUGCGACUCGGGAAAAUGUCCUGCUGAGGAUUAGUAUGGCCGAUGUGGGCGACAAGGCAACCAGAAAUAAGAAGAAGAUUCGCAAAGUGUAUCAGAAGCCUGACAGGGAAUUUGAGACCUUCUUGCCUGACAGCAUGCGAGCUCCAGCAAUCCAGGUGUUAGGGAAGCCUCCCCACGAGUACAAGGGUGGCUCAGGCACCUAUUCCAACCACUAUGAGCACCCUCAUCCCCACAACUGGGAGAAGCGAGGUGGAGGCCGCUACCACGAUGACUGGGACAAGAGGGGCAGCUAUGGGAGCGGGAUGCUCAAGAUCAGCGAGGGCGGCCGCAACACUAUCUUCACCCGGGAUGCGGGUCGCCCACCCGGACGUGGCCAGGAGACAGACAGAGGAGACCCCGAUGGCUCCGUCACCACGCCCACCCCCGUUAUCUUAUCCAGGGCGCGCAGCAACAGCGAGAACCGGUCAACCUCACCCAACCCAUCAGUUACUGCUGUGAGGAAGGAUUCAGUCCCCAGUGUUGUGACAGGAGGAAGUUCCAGCAGCCAGCAGUACCAGAUUGCUUCAAAGCCUCUCAUGGAAGCCUCCUUGACCCCAGAGAGGAUGAUGAAGGGUCCUGCACGGCUGCUGGAUGAGACCCUUAAUCUGUGUGAUGACCUUGCUUCGUACUUGCUGGACCAGAGCAACUUCAUGGUGGUGGCUCUGAUGGGGACACAAGGAGUUGGCAAGUCUGCUCUGGCCUCUCUCUUUGUGGAUCCCGAGACAGAUAUAAAUAAGAUGAGGUCAUGCACUUUCCGGCCAGAGAGCUUGGAGCAGCUGAUGUCAGGAUGUCACGGCACCAACGGCAUUGACAUCUACAUCACCAGCCACCGCCUCUUCAUUCUGGACUGCCAGCCACUCCUCUCACCCUCCAUUAUGGACCGCAUUGUCACCCAGGAGAAGAAGUUCACUUCAGAUUACAAUUCAACAGAGAACCUGAUGGAAGUGGAGUCACUGCAGCUGCUGACACUGGUGAUGAGCAUUGCCCAUGUGGUCGUCCUCGUUCAGGAUUCUGGCACAGAUCCCAAUCUGAUUCGCCUCCUGCAGACAUGCGAGAUGAUGAAACCUUCGUCUUCCUCCACACCUUCCUCCUCCUCCUCUUCACCCUCAGCCCCGUCAGGAGGGGAUGAGACACAGCAGUACUUUCCACAUGUGGUGUUCGUGCACAACCGGGCUCCCUCCCAUCACUUUUCUCCCUCCACCUUGAAGAAGUUGCAGGGUGUGUACCAGGAAGCCUUUAUGGGCUCGUGCCUGGAGAAUGAGAGUCGAAUAGGGGCUUGCAAUGGCCUCACAUAUGCUCCACUGGCCCAGACAUCCUGUGGAAGUCUGGUUAACCUCUUCUUGUUGCCAGACAUGCGCUCUCAGCCCCAGAGUCAUGUGAGGUUCUCUGAAGCUCUGCGUGAGAUGCGACGGCAGGUGUUGAGUUUGCGUCGUCUGCCCCUUACCCACCUCACACUUACAGAGAAAUCCUGGUACCAGUAUGUGUGCCGCACAUGGGAGAGUGUGCGGAAGUGGAGCCUCUUCGUGGAGUACAGCCGCCUGCUGCCUUGAGCGGUGCCGGUGCUUGUAUCUGGACAUCUCCUGCCUGGCAUCAUCACCCUAGCUCUGUGGGUGUUGUGCCGCCCGUGACAGACGCCUGUCGCCACUCACUGCCCUGCUCUGCUCCCCACAUGGGACUGUCGCAGCCGGUCGGCUUGGCCCCGCCCCUGCCCCUCCCUCAUCCCCCAUGCCUCACAGCCAGCUGUGUGGAAGGGUCAUCAACCUGAGGGGGUCAGUGUGCAUGUGGGCACCGUGCCCAGCUGUGGGAGUGGCACUGCGUCGUAUGUUGUUUGGAGCUGCAUCCCAUAGGCCGUGUCUAUGGGGGCAGCAGUAAUCUGGCCCAACUGCUGUGUUGGGCCAACCAAGGUCGCAAGAUGUUUUUGUAUCGAUUUUACCCAUUACUCUCUUGAGCCGAUGUGUGACUCAGAGCUCUCAGCUGCACACAGCAAUGCAAAAAAAUUUUCCUACUCUGAUGGUUCAGAUGGAGAACAUACUUGCAACAUUACAUGUGUAAAGAGAGAGCAAAGUACUGGGGGCACACAGCUGCUGAAGAAGGUGAUGGGUAAGCGACUACAAGAACAACACCAAAGCUACAUCCCUGACCCUCCCGACAUGGGUCCUGGCUGUCUGUUCGUCACAUUAUUCAUCAUUAACAAAGGUGUGGUGAACACAGCAAUUCAGGAAAUUCACUAAUAUGGCAAUGAUUUUGCAAAACACUGAGAGAGUAAAUUAAAUUAUUACUGGUAGUUUUGAUUUCGUGCAAUAGCAUUAAUCAACAGGUAAAGUUUCCCAUAUCGAGAUUUUUACUUGAAUUCUCAAUCGUUACUUGACUUAUGGAAGUCUUGCUUUCUUCACACCUAUCAUAUUCAACAGUAUUAAAAAAAGAAAAAGAAAAAAAAGAGAGACACAGACACAGACACACAGAAAAACAUAAGUAUUAAGACUCCAGAUGCUUUCAAAUAAUGAUUGAUAAUUCAGUUACUUGUUUAUGCUACUUCACACAACAUGCAAAGAUUUUGUGAUCCAAGAUGCUCAGAGUUAUCUCAUACACAAAAUCAAGCCAACUGCCGUCUGCUCUUCUAUAGCCCUCACAUCGGCAAUAUACAUCUGUGUCUUACCUUUAUAAUGUCUACUUGGUGAUAUUUUCAUAUCCAUCACCUUUCCUUCCGUCUUACAAACACCUUAAAGUCUGCCGGCAGUAUCUGCUUGAUGCUUGACUUUGGUUGUCAGUGUUAGAACUUAAUGCCAAAUUAAUCAACACCACUAAACACCGACACCUUUACUCACUCACACAACUUUUGUAUCAAUUAUAAUUGAUGCUGGUUCUGUAGAAGGGAUUAAACCUUCACUGACAGAUAAGAGUUUGUGUUUAUUUCAAGAGUUUCAACAUGGUGAUGAUUGAUUAAUUACUUUCUGAUCACUUGAUAUGCCUGACAGUUAGAGCAUUAUCGGAGGUUGGCUGGCUGGCUGGCAGUACACAUUCGGGUACUGAUAAUAGCUAUGCAUCUUUUGUACCAACGGCCAGCACUACUGUUAGGUUCAGUAACCCAUCCCUGAUCAACAAACUUGGGAGAGGUUGAGGUAAACUUUGGUGGAAAGCCUUGACCAUUUUAUGCCAGCCUCUCCAAGCAAGAGUAAUAUUUAGUAAUAUCUUACAGGAUCCGUGUAACACAUAUAAGUUAACCAUAAGUGGAGCAUGAAACACACUUAACAAGGGUUGCUAGGAGGAGGAUUAAGAUAGAUUUCUUGGGUCAGUAUUAGAGAAGGAUAAAGCUAAGGAAGAAAGCAAUCCUACACUAGGAAUCCGUCUCCUAUCAUUUAUUCCUGCAUUUUAUGAACCCGCCUCAACGUUGUGUGAAUCAGCCACCUCACGUUAGCGGCAGGAAAUGCAUCUUAGGUAUUUCAUCUUCCUACUAGCGAAACCAUGAGUCUUAGGAAAGCACUUGGGUCAGCUGUCUAUCAAUACAAGUCAAGAGGUGUAAAACGUAGAAAAAUCUUGGAAUAUUAGUUCAUGAUUAUUAAUUAUGAAUAUUUAUGUAUUUAUUUUUAUUUUUAUUGUUAGUAUGAUUUUUUUAUAUUCAUUUAUUCCCAUCUUUAAAGAGCAUGGCUGACAUUUCUCUCCAACGGCAAGAUUCAAAGGGAAAGUGUGUGUGAGGUAGGAAGGGUUACAUGAGAAAUUAGAAAAUCAGGACUUUAAUCAGAAAACCCUCUCUCAUGAUAGUUUUCUUUAUCCAGGAAUAGGAAAUGAUAAAAUAUAUAUCCUAUAAUACUAAAAGCUGUGGUAAGAAUACACUUUCCAUACAAGUUAUUAUUUACAGGAAAAAAAUUCGAAGAAACCAACACUAAAAAGCCAGCUUCGCUUGAGGGGGACUCUUCUCUAGGGUGAAACUCCAGUAGUUUGGCAAAGUCGCUUCAUUAUCAUAGUCGUAUAAUGUGUCUACCAAGAUAUAUUUCUAUAGCUCCCAACAAAGCUUGUUUGCCUAUUAUGUUAUAUAUGAAUUUCUGAAUGAAUGGAAUACUCUAUGUGAAAGUUGUCACUCUUGUCAUGGUGUCCUGAGUAGGUCAUAUAUACCUACUUCUCUGUGGCUGAAUUGGCAUUUGCAGAGUGAAUGCAAAUUUGCCACACCUUUUCAGCUCGUUCAUGAAAGUUUCAAGCAGAUAAUUUAAGUUAACAAAGAAUAACCUGUUAUGAUAAUUGAAUUGGGGGGGAAGCUAUAACAUUGAGAAAGAAAUACUGUAUGAUAUGUGCUUAGUUUUGUUUGAGGAAAUUGUUAUUUUGUUCGUAUUGGUAUUAAAUGUUUCAAAAGUCA